CCACCUUCCUGACCCAUGACCACACUCAGUAUCAGCGCUAGGAACUCCCUCCCCAAAGUGGCCUACGCCACAGCUAUGGACUGGUUCAUCGCCGUCUGCUACGCCUUCGUCUUCUCGGCCCUGAUCGAGUUCGCCACAGUCAACUACUUCACCAAGAGGGGUUACGCCUGGGACGGGAAGAGUGUGGUACCAGAGAAGCAAAAGAAGAAGAAGGAGUCCCUCCUGAAGAAGAACAACACCACGGCCUACCCAGCUGCCACUUGCUACAGCCUUCGCCCCAAUAUUGCUAGGGACCCUGGAUUGGCCACUAUUGCCAAAAGCGCCCCGCCGCCUCCAACUGAGCCCAAGGAGGAGCCAAAGCCCAAGCCUCCAGAGGCCAAGAAGACCUUUAACAGUGUGAGCAAGAUAGACAGGAUCGCCAGAAUAGCCUUCCCUCUGCUCUUUGGAACCUUUAACUUGGUCUACUGGGCGACCUACUUGAAUAAGAAGCCCAAAUUGCAGGGGAUGAAUCCACACUAAUCCAUGUUUCAUUCCUUUUCUUCUUCUUCAAUGAUAUCUGUAAUUCUCUUUUGUUUUUUUUUUGUUUUUUUUUUUCAUUUUCUUUCUUAUUCCUCCUAAAAAA